AGCCCAACAAUUGAAAUAGACAUAAAAUACCCAAUUACUCAGACGUCAUUUUCUCUCAAAAACCAAGUUUAUCUUCAUUCUUCAACCAACCAAACAAAACCCCAUUAAAACUAAAAACCAAAAAAGCUCACUCCUUCUCUCUGCCACUCAUCAUCUUCUUCCAGAGGAGAGAGAAUCACACAUUUCCCACCACCAUGCCUGUUCCAGUUGUUGAAGAAGAACAAAUUCCGAUUCCUGUUAAAGAAGAGGAGAAAGAUGAAGUAAUUGUUGAAGAUGUUAAGGAGGAUGAACAUGAGGAUGACGAUGAAGAUGAUGACGACGAUGAUGAUGAGGAGGAUGACACUACCUUAACGUCAGCUGAGGGUAUCAAGCAGAGCAGGAGUGAGAAGAAAAGUCGCAAAGCAAUGCUGAAACUGGGAUUGAAACCUGUCUCAGGUGUAAGCCGGGUCACCAUCAAGAGAGCCAAAAAUGUAAGAAUUUCUCCUCAUGAAACAUAUUGUUUUUUCAUUUCAAAGCCUGACGUGUUCAAGAGCCCUUACUCUGAGACCUAUGUCAUAUUUGGGGAGGCUAAGAUCGAAGACUUGAGCUCUCAGCUGCAGACUCAAGCUGCCCAACAGUUCAGACUGCCUGAUAUGUCAUCAAUGAUGGCCAACUCAGAAGCUUCUGCUGCCUCUGCUGCUGCCCAAGAAGAGGAAGAAGAGAUCGAUGAUACAGGGGUAGAGCCUCGAGACAUUGAGUUGGUUAUGACUCAAGCUGGGGUUUCGAAGGGCAAGGCUGUCAAUGCACUCAAGGCUCAUGAUGGUGACAUUGUUGGUGCUAUCAUGGAGCUCACUGCUUAGGUCGGCAAUCUUACCUACUCAUUGAUUCCUGCUCCUCGGGAGUUUAAUUGCCCAUUCUAGCUUUAUUAUUCUUCUUUUGGGCCCUAAACAUUCUAGUGAUGAGGUUAUGCAUUUUUGAACUGCUACCGAUUCUAUUUAUUUUGGAUUUGCCUUUUGAUAAUAUAAUGGUUUUGUUGCCUCAAAUUUGCAGUAGCUUUCUAUUUAUUUGAUUGGGGUUUAUACAAUCUUUAGAUGUUUUACUUGGUGUUUGACCAGUUGUUCAAGGUGUAUCAUUAUGUAUGGAACAAGGGAAUGUAAACAAUUGAAUGACAAUUUAAAUUGAUGGAUUUUGGAUUAA